AUGAGUCAUAAUAAGGCAAACGAUUUACAGGAUAAACUUCGAAAAGAACGAGUAAACGAUUUUAUAGUUAAUCAAUGCAAAUUCGAUAUUAUAGAAAAAUAUGAUGAGAGUUCAAGUGAUGAAGAAAAUGACAAUAAUCAUCAAAAAGAACACUUCAAAAAUGAUGACAAAAAUAUGGAUUAUACUUUUAAUCUCGCUGAUGAAUCCCCAAAAAUUUUGAAUAAAAAAACAGAAAAAGAAAAUAAUAAUAUAUUAAAAAAUUGUAAUGUAAGUUUCCCCCCAGCUCUUCACAGAAGUAUAUUAAAUUUACAAAAAAAUAAUAAAAAUGAAAAGUUAGAUUUGAAUAAAAUAUACGAUAAUAAUAGUUCAUUCCACAGUUGUGAGAAUAGCAAAAAUAAUGAACAUGAAAACAAGAAAAAUUAUAAUUUUGCCAACAAAACCAUUCCAAACAUAAAAUAUAAUGAUAACCAUAUAAAGGACACAAAUGUAGAGAAAAUAGACUUAGAAAAAAAAACACAUAAUAAUCAUCACAGUGAUUAUUAUAAAAAUAAUGAUACAAAAAAAUAUAACGUAAUUUUUAAAAUGAAUAAGAAUGAAGUAGCGAAAUUACAAUGGACUAAUCCAAUAGAAGAGACAGAAAUUAGAGAAAUCAAAAAUAUGAAAGAAAUAAAAUUACAUGAAAUCAGAUUUGAUUUUUCAGGUAGACUAAGAAUACAAAUAAAUGAAAAUCUAUAUAAUGAAAAAGAAAGAAAAAAAAUAUUUGAUAAUUUUGAUGGACUUUAUCAUCAUAAUGAAGAACCAUUAAAUAGUGGAUAUACAUUACCUGAACUUUUAUUUUUAUGCCAAAGUUCAUAUCCAAAUCAAGUAUGUAUAGCAUUAAAAAUUAUGAAACAUAUAUUUAUAAAUAUGUAUUUAAAAGUUUCCGAACUAAAUAAUGUACUUUUAGAUAGUAAUAUAAUUAAUAAUUAUCAAAUAAAAAAUAAAUAUUCUUACACUUUUACAUUUAAUAGAUUUAUAAAUUAUUUAAAUAAUGAUUUAAAUAUAUUUUCAAAAUUAUUAUUUUUAUUUAAUUAUUAUAAUAAUAAAAAUUUACAAUUUAAUUGUCUUCAUGCUAUGGCUAGCUACUUAUUUCCAAAUAACACAUACAUAAUAAAAGAUCAAAUCAUAUUUGACGGAACAGAAGAAAACAAAAUUAACAAAUUUAAAUAUUCUAUAAAUUAUGAAUUUUUCUCAUAUCAUGAUUUUUUUAGUGAUAACAUUUUUUUCGAUGAAAGUUAUAAUAUAUUUUUUUAUUCAACCAAAAAAGGACAGAGUUAUUCUAUUUCAGAUAUGUCCUUAGAAAAUAAUAAUUCAAAAACUAUGAAAAAUUCGAUAGAGCAUAAAGACAAUAAUAUAUCUGACCCAAAUCAAGCAAAUAAUCUUAACAAUCCAAAAGAUGAUGAUAUUACAAUUUUUAUAAAUAAAUGUAAAGAAAAUGAAAUAAAAAAUGAAGAAGAAAAAGUAGAUAAAAUAAUUAUAAAAAAUACAACGAAAAAAAAAUAUGAACAAAAUGAUGAAAAUAAUAUAAUUUAUGAUAAAAUUCUUUGCUACCUUAAAAAUGUUAAUGAAAGUAUUGAUGAUCCAAGUAAAUUAUUAGAAAUCCAUUUAGAUAUAAUAAAAUCAUAUAAAAUAAAUGAUAAUGAAGAUAUCGAAAUUAUAAAACUUAUAAACAAUAUAAAUAAUAUUUUGGAAAAUAAUUUUGCUGUUGUCGAAGUAGAAAAUAGUUGUGUGUGUCUUUUAAUAGGGUUAUUAAUUAAAUAUAAACAUGAAAUAAAUAUAUUAAAAAAUAAAGAUCUUGUAAAAAAUUUAGAGAAAAUAUGCGAAUCAAAAAUUGUAGGUAGCUAUUUAUACAAUGAAAGAAUAAAAAAAGAAUGCCUAAAUACAAAUCAAAAAAUUAACUGUUCUGAUCUUAAUUUUGUUUAUAAUUUAAUUACUUUAAUAAGAUAUAUAAUUAUAUAUAACUAUGAUAAAGAUUUUUUGCAAAUUUUCGAUGUCUUAUCAUUUUUAAUUUUUUAUAGAACUUUGCCAUUUAGUUUGAAUAUUGAAAAUGAUCAAAAUGUUGAAAACAUAAAUGAUAAUAUGGAAAAAAACACAAUCACUGAAAUGAGACAUUCUUAUUUAUUUAUUUCCACUGAAACGUUAAAAGUAUUUAGAAUUUUAUUAUCUUGUAAUUUAUAUAAAGAAUCUGUUGAAUAUUUUCAUGAUAUUAUUAAUAAAAUUCAUAAAAUAAAUAUAAAAAAUGAUAUAAUUUGUAAAAAGUUUCUAACUCAAGUAUAUUUAUAUAUUUCUACUUAUAACUUGACAUGUGUUGAUAUGGAUUUAUCAGGACUUUUAUAUAUUUCUAAAAUUAUUAAAACGUUAGAAAUUCAAAUUAAUAAUGUAGAUAAUUAUAGUAUAAACAAAGAAGAAAAAUCUUAUGAAUAUAUACAUACAGAUAAUUCUUUUUCUUACCCUAAUAUGAAAGAACAAAAUAAAUUAGACUUUAACUAUUUAAAUGAUUUGAUAUUAAUAAAUCAAUGCUUUAAUUAUAUAUAUACUCUAUUUAUCUGUAUUAGAAAAAAAUGUAUAAAUAUAGAACAAUGUAUACAUACUGAGCAAAUAUACAAACUUAUGAAAUUUAUUCAACGAAUUGGAAAUACACUUAUACGAAACCUUAGUUGGUUGUUAGAUUGGUAUAGAGAUGAUGUAAAAAGGAAUAAUGACAAAAAUGAAGACAACAUAAUUAGAAAUAUAUUUAACAAAACAAAGGAGUGUCCUUUUAUAUUCAGUUACAUUAUUUAUGAACAAAAUUUGGAUCCUCAUUUUUUUUUUGUCAUAUUUAUACAACUGUUAAAUGGUAUUUUGAACAUAAUUCUUGAGAUAAAUUAUAUGAACGAAGAAAUGCAAAAUAAUGAUCAUAAAAUUGGUGACAAUAAAAUUGGUGACAAUAAAAUUGGUGACAAUAAAAUUGGUGACAAUAAAAUUGGUGACAAUAAAAUUGGUGACAAUAAAAUUGGUGACAAUAAAAUUGGUGACAAUAAUAUUUGUGACGAUAAUAUUUGUGACGAAAUAAACUCGCUUAUUGAUUUAUUUUCUCACUUAAAUCAAGAUGUAUUAAAACUUUUUAAAAUAGAUAUAUUCAAAGUUGAAAAUAUUUUAGAUUCGAACAAUGUGUUUUUACCCCUAUCAUAUUUGUUUUACAAUUUAUACAAACUUUUUAAUAUAAAUAUUUAUAAGGAAAAAAAUGUUUCGAAUAUGAAUACUAAUCAAAAUAAACUUAAAAAUAUCAAAGCAUGUGACACUAUUUUAAGGAAUGAAAAUAUAAAUCUUAUUUUUUAUUCGCUUGUAUUUUGUUCUUCAGUUUCUCUUAGUUACUAUUCUUUGAAAGAAAUCACGAAGCAACCAAAUGUUUCAAUAAAUAACAAUAUAAAUAGACACACAUAUAAUUAUUCGGAUCAAUUUUUAUCGAAAAAUAAUUCUGAAAUGAAUAUAAAAAGGGAAAUGGGAAACGAAGAAGAGAUAAAAGAAUCUACGUUGCCUAUCUAUCCAGAGGAUACUAUUCCAACUUCUUUUAAAAAUAUAGGCAUAGAUCAAAGGGAAAUAUAUUCAAAUUAUGAGAACGAAGAUGAAUACAUAAAAGAUAUGAAUGUAGUAUAUGUUAUCCUAUUUUUACAAAAAUAUAUAAAAAAAAGUUUAUCAAUAUAUAAUAGCAAAAAAAAUAUAUUUUUAUUGUUACUAAAAAAUAUGUUUAGAGAAUGUAAUAAACCAUUAAAUGAUAUAAACAAAAAAGAAGAAAUAAUAAUUAACAAAGUACUAAUUUUAUUUUUGAAUAAAAAUGUUUUAAAUUUUUUAGUAAAACAUAUGGAUGUAUCUACAUUUUUUAAAUUUUUCAUUCAAAUAUUUCUUGUUAAUAACCAUAAACAAAUUGGAGACUAUAUGAGUGAGCACAUAAAUAUAUAUAACUAUUUUGUAUCUAUAGCAGAAUUAUAUAUAUUUAAUAAUAUAUCUUGUGAUGUUGAUAAUUUAACGAGUGGAACUACAUUUUUUGAUGAAGAAUUGGAAUAUAAAAAGAGCAUAGAAAAUAUUGUUUUUUCUUUUCUCCAGAAUGAAAUAAAAAGGAAAAAAGCAAUGGAACAAAAUGAAGAUAUAUUAAAUAAUUUCGAAAAAAAUAAACAAAAUAUCAAAUCAUGUAUUCAACUAAAGCGCCUAAAUAUUAGCUCUGCUCUUUCACAAACUGUUUUUGAAAAAAUCAUCGAAUCUUUUAAAUUAGGAUAUUUUUUUAACCCAUUACUUUUAUCAAUAUUAUUUUUUUUUUCUACUGUAUCCUUUCCACAAGAAUGCAGAAAUAUAUUUUUUAAUGAUUAUGAUAUAUUAAAAAUUUUAGGGAAAAAUAUAUUUAUUCAUUUUUUUGAUAAUAACCAUUAUAUAAUAUAUACAAUAUCCACAUAUUAUGGAUUGAAACAACAUAAUUAUAUUAUCGAUUUAACAAAAUUUUUCCCUUCGAUUUUUUCAUUUAUAUAUAAUUCUUAUGAUAAUUUUAUUUUACACCAAAACUUGGAAGAAUAUUUUAAAAAUUUACUGUCAGAAUAUUCCGAUCCAAGUUUCUUACAUUUUCUAUUUUUUGUUAAAAAACGAAUUCACGACAAACAAAAGGGUCACUAUUAA